GUCUCCGAUGCCCUCGUUGGCGCCCGAAAACACUAUUCUGCGCCAGAAAACAUAGACAUUUGCUGAAGAUGGCGCACAGUAGCGGCAUUUACCUUUAUUUCAGAAUGGCGAACCAUCUCGCACAAAUGGUCAUCAGUAUGGUGGCCAUGCUGCUCUUCAUGCAGUUGAACAUGGCCACGCCUCCUGUCGACGCUGCCGGGCAGCCCUGCACCCCAAACGCGGAAGCGCCAGGCUGCGUGGCCUACACCUGCUUGUGGUCGACGCAAGGGGGCGCGGAUGACAUCGGAACCUGCAGGGCCUCGACCGUAAUUCUGACCAUCUAUAUGAUCGUCAUGUCCCUGAAUGCGCCACUAGCCUGCCUGGUGGCCAAACUGACCACGAGGGGCAGCGGCAUGCAGGCUAUGGCUCAUAUGAGUACGCACGCGGAGAAAGUGAGGGAUUCUAUACCGAGGCGAGCCUGGAUAGUGUGGCUGGACAUGUUCGCCAACGCGGUCACGGAGGUGGUGCUGGCGGUGCUGUGGGCGCGUGUGCUACCGCGCUAUGCCGCAGCGGUGGACAGCUCAACCCUGCCAAAGGCUUCACUUCGCGUGACAUGCUACCGCCUUGCUGUCGCGCUUUACGUCAUGCUGCUGAUCAGCCUCAGCUGCAGGACUGUUGAGGUCGUGCGAGCAUUGAUGAGUGAGGCUUGUGGGAGGCGAGGCGGUGUCGAUGGCCCCAGCGACGGCAAGCCAGGUCCUCUUGACCGAAGGCACGUGGCGAUGGCAGAUGCCAAUGCAUGGAGGUACUCGCAAUGCGCGGGCGGCGUGGAGAGCGAAGUGGGCGGGGUCCAUGGCAGCAGUGCUGCCGGUCUGCCACGGGCCUUCAUUAGCACCGGCGCACGUGUUCCGGCCACAGAGCACACGCCUCUGCGGAUGGGUCCCUGCUCUGACGAGGUGUGAGUGGCCCAAUGCAACUCACCCUCGGCGGCAAGGUGCAAACAGUCCUCGGGUCCUCGCAAUGCCCUGGCGCUGCCGUGGAGCCGGCGGCGUGCCAAGGCGCUGUGGAGAUGGCUGCUAUAUGUGGGCGUGUGUUUGGGUUCGGCGUAGGGGGCAGCAGGGUGGGCUCCACGAAGCCCUAGGCCCCUGCUACCGCGCCGUUAGCUUUCUGAUAGUCGUGCGUGCGAGCGUUUGGGGGUGUUUUGGGGUUCAGGAGAGCGAAAUGAACCAGCACUACAGGCUGCCGCAGGUGGUUUGGACUGAGUCCUCAGAGCAAAGCGAUCGGGGGGCUGAUGGGCCCCCCCUAUGCCCUGGCGGCGCAGGGCCUGGCCGCGGUGGCGGCAGCGGCCCUGGGCCCAGCAAUGACGGCGUGCAUGUGCGUAGCGGAGGGGGUAGGCAAGGUCACGUGGAGGAGGUGAGCGCGGCGCCGCCCGAGAAGCGGCAGCAGUGCACAAGUUGAUGCCAGGCCAGUGUCUGUUCAGCAGUUUUUGCGGGCGAGCAUAGCGUGGCAUGGUGUGUCACUGUUUGCUUUGUUGGCUGCUGUGCUUGUGCAUGACAGCGGGACGUGGCUGGACACAUUGCCAGCGUUGCCAGUACCAUUCAACCCCGGCUAUGUCCGGGAGAUGAGGUAGACGCGUGCGGCCUCAGACGGGAGACGUAGCGUGGGCGCAGCGCACUAUUCCCUUGAGAGCUUAUGAUAAUGAGGGAGCUGGCCUUCGCGGCUGGCCUUGCAUAUAAUAGAAAUUUUUGCACGUGCAUUUGGACACGUUGACAUCCAUUAGUACCGGCGUACGACAUCUGCGCAAGACAUGUGCACGUGUGCAAAGAGUGACUAGGGUAAUUGCCAAAUGCGACAUGUCGCUGUGAGUUGAGUUGAGUGGAGAGAAGGACCGAAACCAGUCGGUGCUGUCAUCAGCUAUGGGGCCCAUGGAAUCCAACCCCGGGCGUGGCUGGGACAUUAUCAUUGAGGUGGUUAUUGACAGGAUUGGGGUCAAGUUACGUUUAUGUUGCGCGGUCAGCCGCUUCCUGGUGUCGUGCUUGAGUGAUGUGGUAUGACGGAGUGGCGCUAAAUUCGUACAGGUGAAGUGCGGCAGAGGUGUGGCAGGAGCGCGGAAUUUGCAUCAGGUGUGGCAGGAGCGCGGGCUGUGCGGUUACUACAUCGAUUGGAGCCCCCUGAUGCCGUGAGUCUGGGUCGAGACGGGUCAGGUGGCACCACCGCACCAGGGGAGGCAUCUCCCCUGGGUGGCGCCAUUUUGGGGGUACGUGCGUGCGGCGAAUACCCAGGUACAGAGCAGUGGAGUGCAGGAUGGGCUGAUAUUAGCCUGAUACGCCUUUUGAGAACACGUACCGUAGUGCAGUGACCAGGUCACAGCACCGUGCAGGAUGAGCUGUCAUGUUACAUGCAUGCCGGACGGCUGAACCUACCGUUACACGUGA